UCCGGUGCAAUGAUAGGCUGUGGUUUGAGCGUAUGUGGAGGGUCGGGUGGAAGCCACUGAUAUUACAGGACUCACGAUUUGCAGUUUGGACCACAGAUGCGGUUAGUUUGUGGAAGACGUUAAUGAUGUGAAGUACCCAAGCUGCGUUCGUCGUCGUACACCAACUAUGGGUAUACGCAACCGAAUUCGGGCCGGUUACUAAGUGGAGCGGUGGGGAGCAUGCGCAGUAGCUGGCCGCGGUCACCGGUUCGGCCCACCCCUUGGUCCCGCCCCCCACCUCUGUAACCCCGCCUCCCGCCGUGGCCCAGCCCCUUCCCGGCCAAGAUGGCGGCAGGCGGCUACGCAGACUUGAGGGAGAAGCUCCAAUCGCCUCACCGCGAGAAACAGCGAUUGGCCUCGGGAGCAGCGCUUUACAACGGCCGUAAGCGGAAACACGAGGCGGAAGCGGGCGAUACCAGCCUGAGCGGGGCGUGCAGCGGUGAGGAAUACGAGCACGGCAAGUAUCACAGCGACUACGAUGAUGAUCGGCUUGGAGAAGCCCGGCGGGUGAAGCAGGGCAUCCGCCAGGUGCGCCUCUUCACCGCCGAUCAGUGUACUCAGAUCGAGACGCAAAUCGACGACGUGGUUUCCCGGGCCGAGAAGGGCAUUUACCGUGACCACACGGUAGACAGGGCCCCGCUGCGCAACAAAUACUUCUUCGGGGAAGGCUACACCUACGGCUCGCAGUUGGAGAAGCGAGGCCCCGGUCAGGAGCGCCUGUAUCCCAAGGGAGAUGUUGACGACAUCCCUGAGUGGGUCCACGACCUAGUGAUCAAGAAGCUGGUCGAUCACCGCAUUAUCCCAGAGGGUUUCGUCAACAGCGCCGUCAUCAACGACUACCAGCCUGGUGGCUGCAUCGUCUCGCACGUGGAUCCCAUCCACAUCUUCGAGAGGCCUAUCGUUUCCGUAUCCUUCUUCAGCGAUUCGGCUCUCUGCUUUGGCUGCAAAUUCCAAUUCAAACCCAUUAGGGUGUCAGAGCCAGUAUACUUCUUGCCUGUCCGAAGAGGGAGUGUUACUGUGCUCAGUGAUUAUGCAGCAGAUGAAAUCACUCACUGUAUUCGGCCGCAAGAUAUCAGGGAGCGAAGAGCUGUUAUCAUACUCCGAAAAACAAGGACGGAUGCACCACGUUUGGAGUCAAAAUCAUUAACUAGCUCACUCUUACCAGUUCACAUGUCCAACAGACAGUUGAAUAGUGACCGGUAUCAAUCAUUGCUGAAACAGAAAAGAUCUCAUCGGAAGGCUGAUCCAGAUGCUGCACACAGGCCUAGGAUUUUGGAAAUGGACAAGGAGGAGAAUCGGCGAUCUGUUAUUUUACCAAAACACCGCAGGAGGAGUGACUGUACCACAGAAAAUUACUGGCGAAAGGCGCAUGAUUGUGUGGAUGAAGAAGACGAUGAGAGUGGUGAAGGUGGAGUAGCAGGUAGUCCAGUCCGAAAAGUAAAAAUGCGACGCCACUGAUUGGAGAGAGGAGAUAAAAUUGACUUUAACUUGAAGGCUGAAGGUCAAGAAAUGCACUACUCGGUUCUGAAGGGGACAACUCAACAGCAACUUUCAAAUUCAAAGAGAAAGUUUUUAAAAAGAAACACUCUUUCAAUCAAAAGGAUUUUUACUAAACUCCUUGAGGGUGGGAAAGUGGCAGGAGAUUGCUGUUCUGUUGCAGCCAGGUGGCCUCCGUUUCAUUCUACCUUUCUUAUUGGGUAACAUUGUAUAGCCUAUUUUCCCAUCUUUUGUUUUAUGUAUUUAAAACCCGAAAUAACUCGCACAGCUCUGUGUUAAAGAAAAUUGUUUAAAAUAUAUAUUAAUUAAUUUUUUUUUUUAACUACAAUUUUUUUUUUGAAAUGAGAAGCAGCCAGAGUAUCAUGGUAUCACAUGCGCUUCUUCAAACUUCAGCGCUUCCAUUGUUAGGGUUGCAAGUUUUGGGAAAGUUCCCAAAGUGAUGUUAAAUGUAUUGUUGCAGAGGAACUCUUACUGAGAGCAAAUUUUGUUUCCAUGUAUGGGGAGGGAAAGAAAGCUGCGUGUUGGCUUGUAACAAAGUUGUACAGUUCUAGAAAAGUUUAAUGUACGCAAAGGAAUGAGUUAUGUAAAUGAAAAUAGGUAUUUUAUGUAAAAAAAACAAAAAAACUUUUAAUUUGGGUAACUGUCAAAAAAAGUUUGCCUGUCAGCAGGGCCUUUGACCUGGAUGCUUGCUUUAUCUCUUGUACAAAUGCUAAAUUUGAUUAAAUGCAAAGAGCAUCACUUUAACUUGAGUGUUAUGUCUAAAUUCCCUGAAAAAGUAUUAUGAAUAGUCUUAAACAGACUGAAUGCAAGAAAACUGCAGAUACUAGAAAUCUGUAACAACAAAAACAAAUAAAUUUUUAGGUCAGGUAGCAUCUGUGGUAAGGGAAACGGAAUAAUUGUUUUGGGGUUAUGACCCUUGCGCUACACAUGCAUUCCAGCAUUGUUUCAUUACAGGACUCUUAAUUGUGACUCAUUCGCUUCAACUGAAUGUUAUUUUUUAAAAUCACAAACCAAAGUGGUUUCAUUCCCUCUUCUCAGGGUCUCGGCCUGAAACGUCGACUGCACCUCUUCCUACAGAUGCUGCUUGGCCUGCUGCGUUCACCAGCAACUUUGAUGUGUGUUGCUUAGCUGAAUAAAGUCUGUUUUGGUGGCAUUGGUUGAGUGCAGAGUGGGGUGUCUGCUGUGUUGGCUCACAUUAGGGGUCCUGCUGAUGCUUGCUUCUAUUGACCACAGAUGUCUGUCCUUUGUAUCAGAGUCAGGUUUAAUGUCACCAGCAUAUGUCAUGAAAUUUGUUAACUUAGCAGCACAAUGCAAUACAUGAUAAAUACAGGGGAAAAAUUACAGUAAGUAUAUAUGUAAAUUAAAUAGUUACACUAGUGCAAAAACAAAUAAUUUUUAAAAGUGAGGUGUUGAUGGCUUCAAUGUCCAUUUAGAAAUCAAAUGGCAGGGGGGAAGAAGCUUCCUGUGUGUGUCUUCAGGCUUCUGUAUCUCCUUCCUGACAAUGAGGAGGGCAAGUCUUGGGUGAUGGGGAUCCUUAAUAAUGGACACUGCCUUUCUGAGGCACUGCUUCUUCAAGAUGUCUUGGUUAUUAUGGAGGUUAGUACCCAUGAUGGAGCUGACUACUUUUACAACUUUCUGUAGCUUCAUUCGAUCCUGUGUAGUAGCCGCCCCCUUACCCUCCAAACCAGACAGUGAUGCAGCCUGUCAGAGUGCUCUGCAAGGUACAUGUGUAGAAGUUUUUGCGUAUUUAGGUGACAAUCCAAAUCUUCUCAAACUUCUGAUGAAAUGUAUCGGCUGUUUUGUCUUCUUUAUAGCUGCAUCAAUAUGUUGGGACCAGGUUAGAUCCUCAGGUAUUGACACCCAGGAAUUUAAAAUUGCUCACUUUCCCCACUUCUGAUCCUUUCAUGAGGAUUGGUUCGUCUUCUUUCAUCUUACCCUUUCUGACGUCCACAAUCAUCUCUUUAAUCUUGCUGAUGUUGAGUGCAAGGUUGUUGCAUGUUGCUGUGACAACACUCAACUAGCUGGUAUACCUCCCCUCGUGUAUUCUGAGAUUCUGCCAAUAAUGGAUGUAUCAUCAGCAAAAUUAUAAAUGGAAUAUGAGCUAUACCAAGCCCCACAGUCAUGGGUAUAGAGAACAGAGCAGUGGCCUAAGCAUACAUCCCACUAAUUUUUAAACAAUUUCUCAAUUUUUAAAAUUCUGUUUUUCACUUGAUAAGAAAAAUUUCAUUGUUCAAAGGUUCAGAUGGAAUGAAAUUGCAUAAUUUACAGCAGCAUUAAUUUGUCAAAUAUUUGAACAUUUCAUUUGUUCCUUUCCUGUACUUGUAAUUUCUAGAGACCCCUCUCUUUUAAAAUAGCCUGCUGCAUUUUCUGAAAGGCAUUCUGGGAAUGUGCGUUACUGCUGGCUUUGCCUGUGAUGCAUUCCUCGGUCCUCUAUCUGCAUUGUGCUCCUGGAUAAUAAUAUUAGAAAAUAAAUAUUGUAUC